GUGCGCCGCUGCAUUCCUGUCCAUUUGUUCCGUUACCUUCGCUCUCUAUCUUAUUUCAUCUUCUUUCACCGGUUUUGAAUCACGUGUCUGCCUAAGGAAUCGAAGGAUUAUGUCCUCGUGAUUCCAAUUUUUGGGAUCGAUGUUUCAGCCUGAUCCUUUUUAAAGAAACUGCUUGUGAUGCAAAUUUAUCUCAAGGAAUAAGGCUAAGGAAGCAGUAAAUUCUAAUGUUGCUUUUAUCAAGUACUUAAAUCCAAAGGUAUACAUGUCCUGAAUGAUAACCCCUGUAUGCACAAUGCAUAUUUAACUUAUUUAAAAUUAAUAUUUUUAAAUAUAUAUACCUAAUGAACUGUGCAUAAUAAAAAAAGACAUCAAUAUAUAUUCCUAAUGAAAGGUGCCUACUAAAAUUAAAGACAUAAAAUAAUAUACAGUGUGAAUUGAAGUGUUUUUACCUGUGUUUGUAUGGAAUCUCUUUCUUUUCCCUCUGUCUUUGCCAUUGGACAAUGAACUCUUCAUUUGACUGCUCAGUGUAGAUAUAAUGGAUCUCUGGUAUAUGACUCUUAUAAAAGAAAGAAAGAUAUAUGAGACUUAAAUGCAACACCAUUGCUAGAAUAUAUAUAGAAAUAGAGAGCAAGGGUGUCCACCGGUGGUAGUAUAUAAAUCAUACUUGGAAGUUUGUGUUGGUGGUUAUUCAUAAUUUAACUUUCAAUUAAUAGAAUCCUCAAAUCCCUAUGAACUUAAUCAAAAAGCACACAGCCAAAUAAUAUCUCAAGCCAAACAUUGAUAGGUUUUUUAAGAGUUGUUUGAAAACAAACUAAUUGACAUUCAAUCCAAAUACCGUAGUAAAACAGUGUGCAUGAACACUUAUUGAGCACACUCUUGAAUAAUGAAAACUGAAACAGGAAAAAUCUUUCAGUAGAAGAGCUCUCUUUCCUUUUCAACCUUUAUUUUGAUUUUUCGCCUAUUCAACUGCUCUUGCUCUGCUGUUUCAAAACCAUUCAAGAGAUCCCUCUUUAAAUUGUUUUUGUAAUCACAUCCCAAAACUUCAUGGCCCUCUACAUCAAUAAUGAUGCCUCUUUCCAUGCUUGUUUCACCCUGCAUAAUUAGAUAGGAAUUACCAGAUUUACAGUAAGGUAGUUGGAUAAUUACUGAGGCAAAGAACUUACUCCAAAUCCUCUAAGCUAAUAUCCAUGAUUAGGGUUUCUCUACCAUUAAUUGGUUUGGUGAUUGGAGGGUCACCAACAAAAAGUGCCCCAAUUACAUCUGUCAAGAAAUAAUAUAUGAUAUAUUACUAAGAUAUAUAAAAUGAACUGAUGUGUAUUUGGAAUUUAAGGGUAUAAGAAAAUGAGAUGGGUUAUUACCAAACAUUGGAGCAUUUUCAAAACUUUCCAACGCAUUAAUCUCUCUGAAUGGUUUGAAACUGAAAAAAUGCUUAGGGAAUUGUUCAUUCAAUAUUUCAACAACAAUUGUCCUUUUACCAAGUGAUAACUUAAACUUGAUUGAAACAAUGUGAGGCUUGUUAUUUGAUAGAAUUGCAGGAUUAAUUAUUCGAUAUAACUUCCCUUCCUUUAGUGUAGCUCCAAACAGUGGUAUUAAUAUAUUUUCGAAAAGUGGCUAGCCACAAAAGUCUUGAAGAAAAAUACCUCAUUAUCGUAAAAAAUACACUCCCGUGCAUAAACUUCUCUGUUGGACAUUAGAUCGUAGCAUAGAGCCAAUCUUUAUUUUAGAUUGGCUCAAAAGGUAGAUGGUUUUAAAUCCAUCAACCUCGUCCAAAGAGCAGGCAUUUUUGAAAACUAUAAGGCUAAUUCUUAGGAAAAUCAGUGUAGUGAAAGAAUUAAGGGGAAGGGUGUCUUCUCUGCCCUUGGAAUGGUGUUUAUAUACCCAAUUGAGUGUGUUGGGUUACAACGAUUUUAUGGAAGGCAUGUUUUCUAUGUACUAUGGUCUCACUGUGUUGUCUUUACCAUUUGUAAUGGGUGUUUGUUGUGUAGUGCAGGAACCAUGUUCAUGGCAUGUCUUGUAAUUGAUUGAUUUCAUCAUAUUGGAAACUUUUUAAUAAAUAAGAGGCUGCGGGUCCUGAUUGCUCUUCUGAAUGUACCUGUGGGUCCGAAAUUUCUGAAUUAAAUUGGCCAUCGAUUGCAAUUAUGUUUGGCCUGUCCUGAUUGUAAUAAAGUGAUGGGUCAUGUUGUAAUGGAUUUGUGACAUGUGUCCCAAAAUUGUUUCAGCCAUUGGAUUGGGAAAAACUGGCGGGAAAAUUGGAAUGCAAUUGAGCUCUGAUUUUCCAUGGGCUUUUAUAUAUAUAGUAGAUUAUUUGUUUUGUGUAGUGAUAUUCAAUUUAGUAGCACUGUCCUCUUCCACUCUUCUUUCUUUCUUUCUUUCUCCGACUUUACCAAACUUCUGUAAAUUCCCAAUCAUUUCCUCGUCGUCUCUGUUCAUUUGCCCCCGUUCAGAAACUCGCCGACCUUCGAGCCAGAAUAACUUUGCAUAUUUCCCCCCUCCCGUCAGAGAUUUCCGGAAUCGGAUGCGUCCAGAGGCCGGGAAUCGGCGGAAGAAAUAGGGCUCGAGGAAGUGAAAGAUGGUGGUGAGGAAGGUUGGGAAGUAUGAAGUGGGGAGGACGAUUGGGGAAGGAACAUUCGCGAAGGUCAAGUUCGCUCAGAACACGGAGACCGGCGAGAGCGUCGCCAUGAAAGUCAUCGAUCGCAGCGCCAUCAUCAAGCACAAGAUGGUGGACCAGAUUAAGAGAGAGAUAUCAAUUAUGAAGCUUGUCCGGCAUCCGUACGUUGUUCGAUUACACGAGGAUAUUUACUGCCAGGUAAUAGCAAGUCGUACCAAGAUAUACAUCAUCUUGGAAUUCAUAACAGGGGGUGAACUUUUUGACAAAAUAAUUCACCAGGGACGAUUAAGCGAAGCAGAGUCUCGGAGAUACUUCCAACAGCUCAUUGACGGUGUGGAUUAUUGUCAUAGUAAGGGUGUUUAUCAUAGAGAUUUAAAGCCUGAAAAUCUUCUGCUAGAUUCCCAAGGAAAUUUGAAAAUUUCAGAUUUUGGACUCAGUGCUUCCCCUGAUCCAGGUGUUUCCCUUCUUAAGACAACAUGUGGAACCCCUAACUAUGUUGCACCUGAGGUUCUCAGCCAUAAAGGUUAUAAUGGGGCAUUGGCGGAUGUGUGGUCUUGUGGUGUGAUUCUUUAUGUUCUGAUAGCAGGUUAUCUACCAUUUGAUGAUGUUGAUCUCACUACUUUGUAUGGAAAGAUUGAGAGAGCAGAAUUUUCUUGCCCAUCACGGUUCCCAGUCGGAGCAAAAUCUUUGAUUCAUAAGAUUUUAGACCCUAAUCCUGAAACACGCAUCAGGAUUGAAGACAUCAGGAAUGAUGAUUGGUUUAAGAAGGGUUAUGUUCCAGCAAACAUCAUAGAGUACGAGGAUGUUAAUUUAGAUGACAUAAAUGCAGCUUUUGAUGAUAGUGAGGAAGAAGGGCUUAAUGAGCAAUGCAACAAUGAAGAUUUUGGACCUCUAGCUCUCAAUGCAUUUGAUCUAAUUAUCCUCUCUGAAGGAUUUAACCUUUCAGUCUUGUUUGAGCCUAAGCUGGAUUCAACAAAUCACCAAACACGCUUUCUUACACAAAAACCUGCAAAGGUUGCCUUAUCAACUAUGGAAGUCGUUGCCCAGUCGAUGGGGUUCAAGACACACAUCCGUAACUAUAAGAUGAGGGUCGAAGGUCUAUCCGCCAAUAAGAUAUCACGCUUCUCAGUAUUUUUGGAGAUUUUCCAAGUAGCUCCAACAUUUUUCAUGGUGGACAUUCAGAAAGCAUCUGGAGAUCAUACUGAAUAUGACAAGUUUUACCAGAGCUUUUGUGGCAAUCUUGAGGAGCUGAUUUGGAAACCACGCGAUGAACAGAGUAAAUCAAGACUUACAAAAACAAAGAGUAAAAAACGCUGAUUUUCCUUCCAUGUAUCAAAAUCAUAUAUGUACUGUGGUUUAUAGUCUAAUAAUUCCAUGGGGCUUCAAACGGAUUCAUGUGCGGGGGUGGUGGUGCAUUACCAGUGUUCUUGAAGCACAUGCAGUCGCGAUUUCAGCCCUUCAUUUGAGCUGCGAUCCGCUGCCACGCGUCAAUAACACUGGUUCUGUAACCGCACUGAAUCCCAACAU